AUGAAGUUCUCCAACCUUCUAUCACUAUCGUUCGCCUUUAGCUCUACCGUUGCUGGUCUUCCAACCGACAUCGAAGCUAGUGCAACAAGCGCACUGGAUAAACGAGCUUUCGCCGGGCCGCCUGUAUGCCAUUUCAACUACGCAAAUCACAUUGCCCAUUUCAAUAAUGGAAUAGGGGAAGUGAGGAGCAUGAACAGGAUUAUUGCCUUCGCUCCACGAUUUUGUGUUCGCGUUACCUGUCGCAAUAGUGCUGGCAUUGCAGUCUGCAAUGAUAACCCCAACCGUGUCAUCAACCUUCAUACCAAUACUAUUUACGACUAUUAUGUUAGAAUCGCCGAUGGUCCUGGUGACUGUAUACUUUUUGGCAGCAAUCUUGGAGGGCAGCAGUUUGAUACCGACGGGUGGAAUGUAAUUGCUAUUAAAAUGAACUGUGCUGCGCCUGGUGUUUGGACCGUUGAUCAGUGGCCUGCUCAGCCAUAG